GGCCUCGCGAUAGUUUCACUUCCUACUAGCUUUCAGCCACAAGAAGCACUUCUGAUAACGAACUAACCAGGCCACAACUUUUCUGCCAGUUUGCUCAAAGGACACUUGUUUCUAACGGAGUAUCGGGGCUUACAAAGGGCCUCAUUUUGCGCUUCUUGCCAAAAGGAAGUUCCCUCUACACCGCCAUCUCCUCACCUUAGCCGAAACAGCUCCAAGUCAACACUGCAUUCACCAUGGCACCACUCGAAAAGCCGGGAUUCCGGGUAAGCCCUGUACCCGCAACGGAGGAAGGCGCUCGCACCAUCUGGGACAUCGAGAUGGCCGCGCAGAACGAUAGCAACAGGAAGAACAACAGCGUAAUCGGGGCCUUGCUCUGGCCACCCCACCUUCAGCCCAAGGUCGAGGCCCCAACUAGAGCAUCGGAUGGACAAGACGACGAGAUCCGCCGCAUGAUCCCGAUGCUCGGCGAAUCCAAGAAUACUUACCUGCUGGUCACCGAUGAGGCCACCAAUAAGCCAGUCGCGUAUACCUGGUGGGCUCAUAACAAGGGCCAGACUAAGGCUCAGUGGGAUGAGGGAUAUGCCAACCGAUAUCGUCCGCCUACGAUGAAUGGCGCGCUGAUGGAUGCUACCGGGGGAGCCCGUUAUCUGAAACGGGCGGCAUUAUUGGGGGACAAGGACUUCUUUCAAUUGAAAGAACUAUAUGUUCUUCCAGAAUUUCAGCGUCAGGGUCUCGGAGGCCUGCUGGUAGGAUGGGGGGUUCGGAAAGCAGAUGAACUUGGCUUGCCUGCCUACACCGAGGCCUCUCCGGAAGGGUUGGGACUAUAUCUGAAGCAUGGAUUCCAGGAAGUUGAUCGAGUGACGGUUGACUUGGAGGAAUGGGGUGGCCCAAAGGGGGAUAUUAGCUCCUAUGGGAUUUUGUACCGAGAGCCCCAGCCGGUUAACUGAUGCUGCUGCAAAGGAGAUCUGUGACUUAUAGUCGUCCAAUAACAAAGGAUAAAAGGGGGUUUCGGUGUCGUCAUUUGUGACUUUUCUCUCUGUGGCUCUCGUAAGCUAACAAGUGGCAGGGCUACCUAUGAGAGAACGGCAGUGUCCAGAUCUACACCAGCCGUGAGCACUUUGACUCCUAUCCCGCCACCGGGGCUUUGAAUGCAGUUUGUGCCGCGCACCUCCUGAAAUAAAACAGGAACCAGAUGAUCAGCUCCAGGAUCAUCCGAGCAGCAGACUGGAGAUGGCCGAGGCUCUGAUUAAUCUGUCUCAGCAGGAGCGGUCAUACAAGCCACUUGGCAUUGCUUGUCAAGCUGCAGCCUUGGCUUUCUGCGUAGGAUAGCGUUGGAAUAUCAUCAAGUAUGCAAGGCUGGGUGUCGAAUUGAUGAUGGGAUUUUGCAAAGC